UUUUUUUUUUUUUUUUGGUUGGCUUUUUAUUCAUUGUUAUAACUUCGUUAUUUUGUUGUUAAAUCAUGGAUCUUGAUUUCUUUUCUUUAGUUGUAGCUGAUUUUGGAUCUGGGUCUUUGUUAUUUUUUAUAACUACCAUGGUUUUUAAGAGCUCUCUUUUAUGUGGUGAUGUCUUAUGAUCUUAAUGUUCUUAAUGUUUAAUAGCCUCUAAUGUAGUUCUUUUCUGUUUGGGGAUAAUGCUUUUGAUUUAGAAAUCAUUGAAAUGGGGUUCAUUUCUUAUUGUAGAUGUUUGUACUUUAAAGCUCUUUAUUGUUGUUAUUGCUUCUUUAUAUCUAAUUUCUACUAAUUAAGGUGAAAUAAUAGAAAAAUCACAUUUCUUUCAGUAAUAUUUGGUCAAAUUUUAAGGAAUGAAUAUGUUUACCAUCUUUCUUUUGAACUUUUUAUGAUUUGAUUUCAUGUAGUUGGGUGGUCUGUAUUUUCAUUAUUAAAAUUGAGACUUUUAUUACUUGGUAUUAGACUUAUGUGUUUCAUUGCAAUUCAUUCGUGCUAUUAGUUUUGAGAGAGAAAGAGGUUCAUUUCAUGUAUCAUAUUUAAGUUUUUAAUUAUAUUUAGCUAUCAUGUGGAGGUACCUUUGGUGUUUUCUUUUUCUUUUCUUUUUUUUUUUUAAUUUUUUUAUUCUUGAGUGUAUUGAUCUUGAUACUUGGAUUCCUUGUUGUUAUUUAAGAUUGGUUUGACUGUGAGAUAAGCAUGGGGUUUGUGAUGGGAACACCGUCCAUUUGUCUAAUGUGUGUUUUGGAUGGUUCCUAUGAAAGAUAUAAAAUCAAAGCAGUGUGGAAAACGUUUUCUUUCUUUUUAUUUAUUUAUUUUUUGGGCGGCUUGUUGUUCUAGUAUGAGAGGUCUGCUUUCAAGAAAAGUCAAACAUUUGGUUUUCCUGCUUCACGUCGUGUUUUUGUUUGAGAGAAAGUCAAGAAACUGAAAAUAGAGAUGUUGAGAAUCUCAAAAAGCCUUUCAUGCCUCCUAAGGAGGUGCAUGUUCAGGUCACCCAUUCCAUGCCACCUCAGAAGAUUGAGAUCUUUAAAUCUUUGGAGGACUGGGCGGAGAAGAACAUUUUAAUUCACCUCAAACCAGUUGAGAAAUGUUGGCAACCGCAGGAUUUUCUUCCAGAUCCUGCUUCUGAUGGAUUUGAUGAGCAAGUCAAAGAACUUAGGGAAAGAGCAAAGGAGAUUCCGGAUGAUUACUUUGUCGUUUUGGUUGGUGAUAUGAUCACAGAGGAAGCCCUUCCAACUUACCAAACAAUGCUUAAUACCUUAGAUGGAACUCGUGACGAAACAGGUGCUAGCCUUACUCCUUGGGCAAUUUGGACAAGGGCAUGGACGGCUGAAGAAAACAGGCAUGGUGAUCUACUUAAUAAGUAUCUCUACUUGUCUGGAAGAGUUGACAUGAGGCAAAUUGAGAAGACAAUCCAGUAUUUGAUUGGAUCAGGAAUGGAUCCCCAUACAGAGAAUAAUCCAUAUCUGGGAUUCAUCUAUACAACAUUCCAAGAAAGGGCAACUUUUAUCUCCCAUGGGAAUACAGCCAGGCUUGCCAAGGAGCAUGGGGACAUUAAGUUGGCUCAAAUUUGUGGUAACAUUGCCUCAGAUGAAAAACGCCAUGAGACAGCCUAUACCAAAAUUGUUGAAAAGCUUUUUGAGAUUGAUCCUGAUGGAACAGUCGUGGCCUUUGCUGACAUGAUGAGGAAGAAAAUCACCAUGCCAGCCGAGUUCAUCUAUGAUGGUCGAGACGACAAACUCUUCGACCACUUCUCAGCUGUUGCCCAAAGACUUGGGGUUUACACGGCCAAGGACUAUGCUGAUAUAUUAGAGUACCUAGUGGACAGAUGGAAGGUGCAGGAGCUGACUGGACUUUCAGCUGAUGGGCGUAAAGCUCAGGACUAUGUAUGUGGACUGCCUCCAAGAAUCAGAAGGCUGGAGGAGAGAGCUCAACAAAGGGCCGAGCAAGCAUCCAGCAUUCCAUUCAGCUGGAUUUUUGAUAGAGAAGUGAAGCUUUAAGAUUUCCCUCUCCUGCAAGUGUCUUCUCAUUCCAGGAAAAACAGUUACAGAGAAACAUGAUCAAGCUGCAACUUCUGUUUAAAUUCCAAUGUAACGUAACGUGAGGAGCUUCUGUUUAAAAAUCUAUCCAUGUCAUUAUUUCUUUUCAGAAGCACAAGUUACAUGAGAACACAAGAAAAUGGCUUUAACCUAAUAAAAAAUUGCUGAAAUAUUAUCACCAUGAGAAAGAAUGUAAAAGCAGAUAACAGAAAAAAAAAUUCAGAUGUAAAGAGCUUUUGUCAAAUUCUAAGCUUCUAUUUGUUCUCCUACAAGCUUCUUAAAGAGAACUUCCCAAAAAAUAAUAAUAUAAUUAUUGGAG